UGUCGCUGGACGUAGGUCAGAUAGCCGUGGCCAUCAGAAAGAAAAUUAUAUCAAUGUCUGCAAACUCGUACGAAGCAGACAAUUGAGGAGGCCGUAGAGCAGCCAGUAAGGUAGUACAGCAGUGGAAGAAGCUGCUGCACAAUGUGCGAUAGGGGGCGAGCAAGUCGAUCGUUUGUGGAUCAACCUGCGAGCAAGGUCUAUGCAGAUGACAAGGCGGCUUCUGUGGGAUCAUUUGAAUUUCGUAACGUCAUACAACAACAACAAGUAGAAAAAUGGAUACAGGAUGUAGACGCUGCAGCUGACCGAGCACUCUCUGCACAUUUGAAAGAAGAUCUGGAAGAUUGCUCAAGGUGUAGUAUACCUACCAUCCCUCCAAGUCACGGGACAAGUCAUGCACAGUGUCGUUCUCAUGAUGUCAUUACAGAAGCAAGGCAAUUGCUCUCACAGUACAUGGAUGACCAUGCAGAACCUGUUUCCGAAGCCAAUCGUCUCACUAUGCCAAACUCAGGAACUUUAUUGGGAAAGCAGUAUCAAGCAACAUAUCCGUAUCCCGCUUGCCAAAAUACUGUAAGCUGUCCAAGUGAGGCUCUUGGCGAUGCUCACUUCAUGUUGAACACGAUGAAGGAUGUCCACUUCUUGGAUUUGUCUCCAGAGUUGUCAGUUGGAGAUGAAUAUACAACAACGAAUGAGCAGCAUCAGGUACAUGCUGAAGUAGGUGAUGUGGUGAAUCAGUUGAUGGCCGCACCAAUUCAGCAAGCAAGAUCUUCUCGAAGCCAUGAUCCGAAUAUCACAAUGGAUGCCCGCCGGAUGCAGGCACAGGAACGUAGCAGAAAAAGACGUGUGAAGGAGGCACAACGGAGGGAGGUGGAUAGAAUUUCAAGCGAUGCCAAGAAGUUAAUCAUGGAACAACAAGCUCAUGACGAAGCCAAGCAGAAGAUAGAAGAUAUGCUUUUGCAAGCAGAGGUGAACAAAUUGCGGAAGAAAGUGAAAACGGAAAAGGAAGACAUGGAGCGUGCCUUGAAGAAGACGCAUUCCACUGAAGUUCAAGACUUGUGUCUUAGUGAUUGGCAAAGCAAAGCCGUACCUGGUUUCAAUGUUGGGCAAUCAGGUCUGUCUGAAGACCUGUCUACAGACCAAAUUAGAGCAUCAACAAAACCAAGCAAAGUUCGGAAACAACCAACUGCUAGAAUCACGCCAAGCUUGGGUUCCUCAAUUUCCACAGGAAAGAGUAAACUGUCAAGCAAGCAUCAGGAAACACAGCAAGUACAAGCCAGAGCAGAAGAAGACAGGAGGAAGCAAGAUGCAAAAGAUGAAUUAAAGUUACUGCAGCGUGUAUUUACAGCUUGGCAUUCGAUAGUCAUUAUCCGCCAACAUCAACACAUCUCUACCAUUGAGAUCUGGAAAUGGAGGCAAUUAUUUCGGUACUGGACACGGUGGAAGAGCAAUCUCAGAGCGCUACAGCUCAAGAGAGAUGAAGAAGAAGAAGUGCGCGUACAGCUCAAACAAAAAAGGGACGAAGUUGCUGCAAAAAGUCUACAUCGAAAGUUUCUCCUUCGCCGCUGUCUGUGGGCAUGGAGACGCUUCACCAAACAAGUACAAUUUCUUGCGACUGGAGACCAGCUAAAAACACGACACACUGGUGCUGCUGCUGCUGCCGCCGCCACUGAUGAUGAUUUUUCUCAUCGGGGAAAGAUGGCCAAACUACUUCAUGUCAUUGCAAGUGGUGGAAGUGAAACUGGAAGUGCAGAACAGGUACAUGCACAUAGGACUACGCAGGAACAACUGGUGAUGACAGCUUCAGCUAAGCGGCCAGCACACUUGCAAAACAUUGAUCAUCACAUGAGGACUUCGUCAUCUGCAACUCAUCGCCAUUUGAUUGCUCCGCUAAAAUACAACCCAGAACAGAUGCCGCCAAAUGUGAUUACACGAAACGUAGCUCUGAGGCACCUGGAACAAGCAGCUGUAUCUAGACACACGGGCAAGCAUUCGCUAGCUCAACAAGCGCAUGGUGCUAGUGAAACGGUAAAGAACGUGAACAAGCAUGAUGAGGAUGAAGCAGCCGUUAGCCAUACUGACCACAUCCAAGGAGAAUGGGAAAGGCCAUCAACUCACGACCACGUGUCAAAAUGCGUUACGAGGAAGAAAGCAGUCUCGUUUGAUGGAGGAUGUGCAAGUGUAGCUUGCCACCAGCCUCAGAGCAGCCAAGGAGGAGCAGACAAGCUAACAUCUCCACUAGAAUCUACAACACCCAGCUCUGGCACCUCUGCCACAUUAUCCACCUCUACAGGAAAUCCUCCUCGAACUAGCCAUGCAUCCAUUGCUCAGAUUUCACCAAAGAAGUCCACUGCUCAUAAGCCAUGGAAAAGCCAACCAGUAAAUAAACAAGCCCAUUCUCAGACACGAGGAGAGGAUAGUGGUGGAAGUAAAGCUGCAAAGCCACAACUGAAGGUUGACAAUGCACAACUUCACCAUAAGGCUGUGGUAGAAGCUCACCACACAAAGCAAUCAGCACUUCUUUCAGCAAUGGAACAACGUAGUACGGCAAUAGCUGCAAGAAAGAAGCAGCGGGAGCAACGGAAGAAGGAAGCAGAAGAACAGAGACUAGCUGACCUGCGACAACUUGAUGAAGAAAAACGUAGAGUUCAAGAGGCUGAGAAGAAGGUAGCAGUGGAGAAAAGACGGGUAGAAAGAGCUCGAACAAAAGAGGCUGAACGAAUGAAGGCAGAAGCUAUUCGCAAGCAGCUAGAGCAAAAUCAAGUAGCUGCCCGGCAUUACAACAUGUCUCUUGUGAAAUACCAUGGUCUUCUUCCCUGGAAAAAAUUCAUGACUCACGUUCAGAAAUUGGAAAAUCUUGCAGAUCAGUUUAGCGAGCACUUUCUAAAGGUAUCUGCGUUCCAGCACUGGUUGAUGCACUGCAGGAGGAGAGAGGAGAGUCGACAACAAUUGGCAGAUGAUCUCAAUCAGAUCCACGUCAUGAGGUCCCAUUUCAAAGCAUGGCUGUAUGAAGUGUUGGCAGGCAAAGAACUCUACCGGCUAGCGUUGGAGCACAACAACAAGCAACUCCGCAAAGAACACUUUUAUGCCUGGAGAGAAUACUGCAGACAAGUAAAAAGGGAUCAGUGGGAGAAGGAACGGAGAGCUAUUCUACACGACAACCGGCGUAUGAGAAAGUCAUACUUUCAACAGUGGCAGACAUACGUACCACUGCAUCGCCAAGAAGCGGAACAGCAGAAGCGGCGUGACUUGCUACACAUGCGUGUCUCACAAUGGUUGCCUGAUUACCAGCCAAACAAAAGCCGUGAAACGGAAUAACCUCAGUGCGGUAUCAUGUAUCAUGAAAUUGAGUUGAUCUACUUAAUUUAAAAUGUUCACACUGCACCACAUGCUAUUGACAGUGAUUGCAGGACAUGGUGUGCAUGCUACCUCA